AUGAGCGGUUAUGUAACCAGUGCCGCCGUAAUUGGCAUGAAAUUUGACGGCGGUGUGCUGUUGGCGGCUGACACGAAGUACAGCUACGGGCGCCAACACCGCGUAAGCUGCGCGCAGCGCAUACAGCAGCUCUCCGGAGGCUCCAUUUUCUGCACAUCCGGGGAUGUCGCGGACCAGCAGUACCUGACCAAGGUCCUGCAGGCUACCGUCCGUCGUGAGAUGUUGGACCACAACAACGACGCCGACAGCUGCAAGUUGGACGCUUCAGCGCUGCACACCUACCUGCAUCGCCUCUUCUAUUAUCGGCGUUCGAAGAUGGACCCGCUGUGCAACUCGGCCAUCGUCGCCGGCUACUCUGCUGGAGCGCCUUUCCUGGGUUACUGUGAUAUGUACGGCACUCAGUACACGGACGACUUCAUCGCUACAGGAAUGGGAAAGUACUUCGCCAUCGGCCCUUUGAGGGAACAACACCGCGCCAACAUGAGUCGUGACGAAGCGCGCCUUCUAGCUAUCGAAUGCAUGAAACUCCUGUUUCUCCGUGACUGUUCUGCCGGAGACCGUAUCCAGAUCGCAUACGUGACGGCGCAGGGUGUCGAGUUCGAGGAGCCGAUGAAGCUCGAGGGCGAAUGGCGCUUUGAGAAGUUCAUCGCUCCCACUAGCAAGAUGCCCAUUGCUGGAUGCCAGUUCUGA